AUGAAUAGAAAUAGAAAUCAAUUAAAACGAAUACAUUCAAAAAAUAAUGAUAUCGAAUCACCAGCAAAAAGACAAUUUCGUAAUGAAACUGAAAAACGUCGUCGAGAUUUAUUUACACAAUUAAUAACAAGUUUAAAAGAUAUACUUUUAGUUAAAAAAUCAACUGAUACAAAUGAAGAAAAUACGAAGUUAGAUAAAGCUUCGAUUCUAUGUCAAGCUGCAACUUUUUUAGAACGACAUAAAGACGGUAAAACACAAUCAAAUAUAUUAAAAUAUAAAGUAAAGAAUAAUUUAGAUUUAACACAUGAGAUAAAAUUAGUCACACCAACUUUGCAAAGUCCUUCUUCUUCUUCAUUACCAAAUCCUAUUCUGGACUUUUGUUGGAAACCAUCAAGUGAUAUAAUUUCUAUUGAUGAAUGGUUACAGAUAGCUAUUGAAUCAAUGCAUUGUUUUUUUCUUGUUAUUAAAUUCGAUAUAAAUUUUGAUAAAAUAGUUUAUGUAUCAAAGAAUAUUAAUUCAUAUUUUGGUUAUUCACAAGAUGAACUUAUUAAUCAUUCAUUAUUUGAAUUUAUUCUUCCAUCAAAUCAUGAUCGAUUACUUGUCUAUCUUUUAAAUAAUCAUCAAGUCUUACAAACAUGUGAUAUAUCAUGGAAACGAGCAAUUGAUAAUGAUUAUGAACAAUGUACAUUGAUUGGUGCAUAUCGAACAAUUAAUGAAAAUCAAAAAUAUUUUAUGUCAAUCGUUAAAAUCAAUACAUUAGAUCGAAUGUUAAUGAUGAAUAUUGAUCAUCCAAUAAACGAAUUUGUAACCUAUUUGAAUAUUCAUGGAAAAUUUGUUUUUAUUGAUUCAAAAGCUAGACAAAUCCUUGGUUAUAGUUCAUUUGAAAUAGUUGGACGUACUUAUUUUGAUUUUGUUCAUCCAGAUGAUUUAAAUGUUAUUGUACGAGCUUAUAAACUAUGGAAAGAAACUGGAAGUGGAAAAAGUGAACCAUAUAGAUUUUUAACAAAAGGUGAACAAUGGAUUUUACUUCAAACAUCUUCCCAAGUACAUAUUAAUACAUGGACAGGAAAAGUCGAAAGUUAUAUUUGUACAACAUAUAUUGUUCAAUGUCAAUCAUUACAAAAACAAUUAUCGGAAAGACCAAUUACUACUCAAAUAGAUAAUUCAAAUAAGAUAAUAACUAAUACGAAUAUUGAAAGCGAUGUUAUUUUAAAUUCAGCUGAUAUGUUACUAUCGCCUCCAAUGAUAACAACAACAACAACAACAGUACAACCACCAUCAAUAGGAACAACAAUUUCAUCGAUAUUAAAUAAUCAAGACGGCAGUACUUCGUCUUCUGAAAAUGAAAUAACUUCGUUUUUAUCUCAUCUUCGAAAUGAUACUUAUCGAAAAACUAUCUUUGAAAAAUUAAUUGAAUGUCGAAAAAUAAAACAAAAUGAAAUUAAUAUUCGCCAAGAAGAAAUUCAAGUUAUUGAUGAUAUUCUACAAUUUGUUACUCAAUAUCAUACUAAACAUUCAAAUAAUCAAUUGACUUCAGAUGAAAUGGAAAAUCCAAAUGUAGAAGAUGUUGCUUUAAACAUAUUUGAUACAAAUAGUGAUUUAACUUUAUUUAAUAGUCCAAUAACAAAUACUGUUGAUCCAUAUUGCCUUCAGGUAGAUCCAAUAGAUCCAUUAUCAUCUUUAUUUUCUUCAUCUCCAACAAAACCAUUUUCAAAUCUAUCAACUACUAAUGAUCCAAUACAAGAUCUUGAAUAUUUAACAUCAACAACAAAUCCACCUGAAGAUGGAACAUUUUCAUAA